GUCAUCUCGGGACAUUUCUUCUGCAUCCUAAUAAUAUCAAUUCCGCCCGGGAUGAAUUCACAAAAGGCUCCUUGCAGAUGAUCCAUUUCCCAGGAAUCUGAAUGAGUGAAGAAUUCCGAAGAGAUCCAAGAUGCGUUUCUGCAGCCAACUCACCAAUGAUCCCACCCUCACCAAACUCAUCGGGUCUCUCUCAUCCCUGGGAAAAGUCUGCUGGAUGCGCCUCCAGGAUGACCUCGUCCGAUUCACCAUAAUCCCGGAUCAAGGCACCCAAGUAUGGGCUCAACUACCCGUUGACUCCAUCUUCGAACAAGACGCAUACACCCUCGAAUCCAACACCGGCGUCAUUAAUCUCGAAGUCCCCCUGGGCGCUCUGCACCGUGCGCUGCGCUCCGCCGCAAACGCCUCCUGGGUGCAAUUGCGUCUCACCAAGAAAGGCAACAUCCCGUUACUGGCAUUAACCAUUCGCACCAAGUCCUGGACCCAAGCACAGAAUGCGAUUGGCGUUCACGUUAACCAGGGAGAACAAGACGACACCACCACCACCACCACCACACCACAGGGACAAGAACAAGGACUAGGACCAAGAGGCCAACGCGAACGCCACACAGUCAUCACGCAAGAAGUCCCCGUGAAGAUCCUGCACGAGUCCGCGGUCGAAGCUCUCCACGAGCCGCGAUGUCGCGACCCCGACGUCCACAUCAUCCUCCCCGGCUUGGCCCAGUUAAAGAGUAUCUCUGAGCGAUUCACGAAACUCGCUGCGGACGACUCUUCUUCUUCUUCUUCUUCUUCCUCUGGUCUUAGCGGCGCGCCUACCUCCGCCACCACCUCGGUAUCGCCGAAACUAGAGCUAUCCGCCAACAUGCACGGCUCGUUACGGCUGGCCAUCACAACAGACAAGCUGCGGAUUUCGAGUGUGUGGACGGAUCUCGUGAACCCGGCGCUCGAUCCAAGUCAGUUGUCCCAGACGCAGCUCGACCAGUUGCCGAGUGAGCGGAUGAGGGCGUUACCGGGCGACGACGAGGCCGGGUGGGCGAAAGUGAGGAUUGAUGGGAAGGAUUGGGCGAGGGUUCUGAGUGUGGGACGGUUGAAUCCCAAGGUUGUUGCUUGCUUCAUCCAUGAAACGGCGCUGAUUCUCUAUGUGUAUCUUCCCGGGAGUUGGAAUGAGGAGGAUUCAUGUCUAACGUAUUACAUCAACUCAUACCUCAACUAGUACUUUUGAACGAAACCUGCUGCACUCGUAACAAAGCCGGCAUACUGACGACUUCGAAUCGCAACUCGAUGGAAAAUUCUGUCAUCAAGGAUAUUAUUAAAUUAAGCACAUAAUUAGAAUCAUAUUUCAUAAAAUCACAAAUAACCAUCAUAAU